CAUCUUCUCAUUCAUCCUCCAACCACAACUUUAACCAAAUUUGCUCCAACUUUCUUCACAUUCUUAGCCAUGCAAGAGAGUGACUUCCACUACCUACUCCCUUCAACCCAAAAUCUUAACACAACACAUUUACUCAUGAACCUAAACACUCCAACAACCAUCCCUUUCGACGUUAACAUGUUCUCGAACUCAAACCCGUUCUACCAGCUUCAAGAACUUAAUAUGCCAUCCCUAUACUCAACUUCUGAUGAAGCAGAUGAGCAACAACUGAGUCUAAUCAAUGAGAGGAAGCGAAGGAGGAUGAUAUCGAAUAGAGAGUCCGCUCGCAGAUCACGUAUGCGCAAGCAGAAACACCUGGAUGAACUUUGGUCACUGGUGGUUUGGCUCCGUAGUGAGAACCAACAACUUGUGGACAAACUGAAUAGCUUCUCAGAGACUCAUAACAAGGUGGUUCAAGAGAAUACUCAGCUUAAAGAGGAAGUGACCGGAUUACGCCAAAUGGUCACUGAUCAUCCUACUUUAAACCAUGGUUACAUCGGAAAUGAAUCUUCAAACCACUCUGUGUCAAGCUCAUCAGACUUUACUUAAACCAGACCCAUAACUCGAUUCUUCUCUUUUUUAUUAUAUAAUUAAGUCACUUACUAUGUAUUAUGUAGACAGUAAGAUAUCGUAGAGGGAUGUAGUAAAAUAGUACUCUUUUUAUGUUACCAAACAUUUGGAUAAAUAAAACUUGCUUGGUGGUAUAUAACCGUAUUUAUAUA